AUGUCUGUUGUGGACCGAGCAGAUGCCGGUUCUCUUAAACAGAUGGAUGGCACGCAGCUCUGGUCCAUGUGUGGUGCGGUUGUCUUUGCUGGAGAAGCUUUUGGUGGACAGCUGAAGGCCGCGUGCGACACGAUGCAUCUUGCACAUGAGCUGGACGUGAGCGUGCACUUCAAGGACGCGAAGCCAUUGACUACAACGGGUGCCAGGACUUGCUUCUGGGCUUGCCUGUACAGUUUCGUCCACUUGACCAUCUACUGCUGGACCAUGCGUGUCUUUGAGACCCCGAACACGGUAGAUCAAUUGCCAUGGUGGCGUGGCACUUUCUCCGUGAGGCUUUUCCCAUACGGUUUUUCGGCAUAUUACGUUUAUUGGGCGAACUGCCUUUCUGGCACCAAGUUCCCAUUGGGAAUGCGCCUCUUUGGGGGGCUCUCUGCGCGCGUCCUGUUCUCUAUGUUCUUCAUCUGGUCAAGGCAGGCAUCAGGAGAUUACCGCCCGCUCUUCUCGGCCUUCUUUGUCGGCACUGUCGCCUACACAUUUGUCUCGGUAGUCUUUCAUGCGGUGUGGUACACUUGCUGUGCCCGCUUUCAGGUUUCCUCGAAGGAGGACCCUGAUAACAGCGAAAGCGGCAAAGCAACCAAGUCAGCUCACAAGCUCAAUCACGUUCUCUGGACUUGUGCGCAUAUCCUCUUUACGUUUGGCAGCUGGAUACUCUUGUGCUUUGUCUCAAUGUUGUUCAUGAACCUCGAGAGCUACUCGAGGGUUUGGGCGGCUGUGUUUCUUACCGUGGCCACGAAUUUGACAGAAAAGUUCGUAAGCAGCAUGACCACCUGGCUUUACACCGGCCUAGUUUACAAUGUGCGCUCGCGGCCGGAUGGGAAGGGAAUCCUAGGCGAUCAGCGGAAGCAUCUCAUGCUGCCGGUUGCACUGACGCACUCCUUCUGCGAGAGUGCACGCCUUGUGAGCCUGCUCUCUGUUACCAUGUGCGCUGGUGGAUGGUGGUGGCCCCUCAACAUUGCGCUGAACCUUAGCGUGAAUCUGCUCGAGCGCAGCUACGGCACCUUCAGUUUGCUGACCUACUUCUUUCCAUGCCUGGCCAGGUGGUGGCUCCCUGGCAUCGGCAUGGUAUUGCAUCAGGAGGCAAAGCUUUGGUCAGGCUAUGCUCAGUAUGUCUCCGUACUGGCGUUUUUGAUGGCGGAUAUCAUUUCGGGCAAUUGGGCCACGUCUGUGUUCAACAUUGAGUCCAUAUGCCUCGUGAUUACAUCUGUGCUUGCGGAGCUCAUCGAGGACUUUGUGAUCAGCUUCAGGAUGCGGCCGAACAGUUACUGGCGGCAAGCUCUUCUUGAAGUUUAUGCUGCACAUCCCAUCCUGCAUCCACGGCAGCUCUUGUGCAUCGACAAGGUUGGAGUUACGUGGAGUUCGCCACCGCUCUCCUUGCAUGGCACUGGCAGCUUGGACUUGUGGGAGGUGGCCGCCUUCAUGCUUCCGGCCACCUAUUUCUCCUUGGUACUGAUAACCCUGCUUUUGGGUGCUGGCUACAUGCACGGAGUCUGUGCGGAGCCUCUGCCUGCCGACAUGAAAGGAGUUUCUGCAAAGCGCGAGUCUUGUAGAUACUUGGCCCGGUCUUACCACAGCGGUUUCGUGUGCCCCGUGAAGGUCGUCUUGGGGACCACCGGGUUCGGGCGGAAGGCGGACAUUUGGAGCUUCGGCUGCACGGUCCUGGAGGCCAUGACGGCGGAGCCUCCCUGGGGCAAAGGUGCCAUUGAUGGCGCUCCGGCAGCUAUGAGGAAGAUUGGCUACUCGACCGAUACUCCGCCCAUCCCCGACGGCACCUCUUCGGGGCUCCUGGCGUUGCUUCAAAGCUGCCUUCAGCGAUCUGCCGAUCUCAGGCCGACAGCCACCGAGCUCCUGAGCUGUGAGUACUUCAUGCCGCCAGUCAAGGACGCAGCGCGCGGUCACAGUUUUAGUCGUGCCGAGGAGGACGUGUCCCGCUGUCAGGUGCAGGCGUUGGAUGUGAUUCUUGUUGCGGCUGUUACGGUCACACGGGCGAGCUGCGCAGAGAGUGCGGUACUGAACCUCGCCAUGGUGGAUUACUCCAAAUGGAAUGACCUGGAUGUCAGUGAUGAUGAAGAGCGACGCCGGCCUCACGUGUCGAAGUUCGACACUCCGCAGACCGUGACGAUCGGACGCCAGGAGGUGCAGGCAGCGCAAGCACAGGAUGUCGACAUGGAGGUUGACGAUGACGACGAACCCUUCGAGACAGAGGACGAUGCCGCCGAGCCAGGGGAGGACCGGCGAGAGGACGUUCUCCAGUGCCGCGCUUUGGCCGAGCGGGCCCUGAGGAAUGGAGAUGCUGCCGAGGGAGUGCGUCUUCUUGAGAAGGCCAUGCGCCUGGGAGGAAGCAAUUGCCCAGGUGUUGAGGAGUUGCUGAGGGCUGCUCGGGUGCAGCUCGGUUCCACCGUGGCUACAGCCCAGCGUGCCGUGCCCGCGAAGGCGGACCCGCAGCAAAACGGCGGCACCGUUGAGGGCAGAUAUAUCUGGUCCCAGACGAAGGAGGCGGUGGAGAUCAACCUCUUCGUGCCGCCGGACACAAAAGCGAAGGACAUCAAGGUGGAGGUCUCGGAUCUUCGUCUGCGCAUCGCCUGCGCUGGGCAAACGCUUCUGGAGGGCGACUGGGAGUUCAAGGUUUCGCCAGAAGAGGACCCGGACUGGGAGCUCGUCACCUGCCAGGAGCGGCGUGCCUUGCGUCUCCUGGUGCGGAAGGCCGCCAUGCCUGGGGGUAUGUCCGUGGCAGUGUGGUGGAGCAGGAUCCUGAAAGGGGAGCCGUCCAUCGACGUCCAAGGAAUAGAGGCACGACAGCGAGAUCAAGACAAGAGCAAGCAGUUCCAGAAGGCGUGGGGCGAAGCCCAUGCCAUGUUCAAAGAAGCUGUCAAGAAUCGACAGCCCAUUCCCAUCGAUGUGGGCCAGGGAUGA